ACAGUGCAAGAUGAAAGUGGCGUCUCCUCCUCACGCACGUCAGCGGAGAGUUCACGGAAGCUCAGCGCACGGCUCAGAUUUCCCCUCGGUUCUCGGCUGGAGAGGAAGCGGCGGCGGCGGAGGGUUGACUCGGUCUCACCUGUAAACACGCGGCGGGUCGAGGAGGGAGACUUAAGCGCUGACAGGGACGAUGUCGUCCGCGGAUGAUUUCUGGAGGAACAUCUCAAUUGAGUCCUCGCUGUGACGGUUCGCAGUCAUUUUCUGUGGCGCGUUAAAGAGUCAGUUUCUGACUCGGGGUUUGGCGGAAGGCGCAUCCUGUGGCAUGGACUUGUAGAGCUGACGCCUGUGUGACUGUGUGUGUGAGUGUGUGUUUGAGGGCGAUCAGCCGAGGAAGGAACACCCAUGACCGUUGAUGCAUGGUGGAAGCUGGUCAUGUAAAGUUGGAUGAGAGGGGCAGUGAGAGCACGGGAGGCAGCGGGGUGGAGGAGAGAACAGCCGGACACUGAGGACACACAGCCCCCCUCUGCUGCGGUACCUGUGGAUAUAUGACUCUUGUGCUCUGAUACACGCACCUAAAGGAACCACAGCACCAAAAGGACGACCGUGUGUGCUGUGAUGCUUCUUAUCCAUUUAUUUUCUGCUGUCAGUUUUGGUUUCUCCAGCAACACCCGCACUAUCCCGCAAUGGCUCGUUUCGAAGAUGUACUGUCCAGCCGCUAUGGAGGCAGCUGUCCCGCGGGCCCGGCCAGAGGGGCCAGCCGGCAGCCAGGGCCACCGGGGGGCCCGAGGGUGUACAAGCAGACGAUGGCCCAGAGAGCCAGGACAAUGGCCAUUUACAACCCCAUCCCAGUCAAACAGAGCUGCCUCACCGUCAACCGCUCUCUGUUCAUCUUCAGCGAGGACAACAUCAUACGGAAAUAUGCCAAAAAGAUCACAGAAUGGCCUCCAUUUGAGUACAUGAUCCUCGCCACCAUCAUAGCAAACUGCAUUGUGCUGGCUUUGGAGCAACACCUACCGGCCUCAGACAAAACCCCGAUGUCAGAGCGCUUGGACGACACUGAGCCCUACUUUAUUGGAAUAUUUUGUUUUGAGGCUGGUAUCAAGAUCAUCGCCCUGGGCUUUGCCUUUCACAAAGGCUCCUACCUACGUAAUGGCUGGAAUGUAAUGGACUUUGUGGUGGUCCUAACAGGGAUCCUGGCCACAGUGGGGGCUGAUUUUGACCUGAGAACACUGAGAGCUGUGAGAGUUCUGCGGCCUCUCAAACUGGUCUCUGGCAUUCCAAGCCUUCAGGUGGUAUUGAAGUCCAUUAUGAAAGCCAUGGUACCUCUGCUGCAGAUUGGCCUGCUGCUCUUCUUUGCCAUUCUCAUGUUCGCCAUCAUCGGCCUUGACUUCUACAUGGGCAAGUUCCAUCACACCUGCAUCAGGAUAGACACAGGUGAGCAGACAGAUAAGUUCCCCUGUGGCCUGGAGGCUCCGGCGAGAACCUGUGGAAACGGCACCUCCUGUAAGGAUGACUGGAUCGGACCCAACUAUGGCAUCACCAACUUUGACAACAUCCUCUUUGCUAUUCUCACCGUUUUCCAGUGCAUCACCAUGGAGGGAUGGGUGGAGAUCCUCUACUACGCCAAUGAUGCCUCAGGGAACACAUGGAACUGGCUGUACUUCAUCCCACUCAUCAUCAUCGGUUCCUUCUUCAUGCUCAACCUGGUGCUCGGCGUGCUGUCAGGGGAGUUUGCCAAAGAAAGAGCGAGGGUGGAGAAGAGGCAAGAUUUCCUGAAGCUCCGCAGACAACAGCAAAGAGAGAGAGAGCUGACUGGAUAUCUGGAGUGGAUCUGCAAAGCAGAGGAGGUGAUGCUGGCUGAGGAAGACAAAAAUGCAGAGGAGAAAUCUUUGGAUGGAGCUUGGUAUAAAAGAAAACACAAUAACUCAGUGCUGAAGAGGACAAAAAAGAGUAAGAAUGAUCUCAUCAAUGCAGAGGAGGGCCAGGACCACCUCACUGACAUCUCAUCUGUUGCCCCCCCAGGGUCACCGUUUACCCGGGCCAGCGUGAAGAGCAAGAACGAGAACACAUCUUUCUUCAAGAGGAAAGUGAAGAGGAUUCGCUUCACCAUCCGUCGUCUGGUCAAGUCCCAGAGCUUCUACUGGAUUGUGUUGUGUCUGGUUGGCCUCAACACGUUGUGUGUAGCCAUCGUGCACUACGACCAACCGGAUUGGCUCACCUAUGCCCUAUAUCUGGCAGAGUUUGUAUUCCUGGGCCUGUUUUUGGCAGAGAUGUCUAUGAAAAUGUAUGGACUUGGACCCCAGAACUACUUCCACUCCUCAUUCAACUGUUUUGAUUUCGGGGUGAUCAUCGGCAGUAUUUUUGAGGUGAUAUGGGCUGCCAUUAAACCUGGAGCCUCAUUCGGGAUCAGUGUCCUGCGAGCUCUGAGAUUGCUCAGGAUCUUCAAAGUCACCAAGUACUGGAACUCCUUAAGGAACCUGGUGGUAUCGCUGCUCAACUCUAUGAAGUCCAUCAUCAGCCUGUUGUUCCUCCUCUUCCUCUUCAUUGUGGUCUUCGCUCUGCUCGGGAUGCAGUUGUUUGGUGGCCAGUUUAAUUUUGAAGACGAAACACCGACAACUAACUUUGAUACAUUCCCAGCAGCCAUUCUCACUGUGUUCCAGAUUCUAACUGGGGAAGAUUGGAAUGCAGUCAUGUACCACGGGAUCGAAUCACAGGGGGGCGUUCAUAGGGGAAUGUACUCCUCCAUUUACUUCAUUAUUCUCACUCUCUUCGGAAACUACACACUUCUCAACGUCUUCUUGGCCAUUGCUGUUGAUAAUCUUGCAAAUGCCCAGGAGCUCACCAAGGAUGAAGAGGAGCAAGAGGAGGCCAUCAGUAAGAAACUCGCACUCCAGAAGGCCAAGGAGGUAAAGGAGGUCAGCCCUAUGUCAGCUGCUAACAUUUCCGUCACAGCGAGUUAUGUCUGCACCCCAGUCCAUCACUUCCUGAGUAAGGAGCAGCAGAAGUCGGUUAAGACAAUGUCGGUGUGGGAGCAGAGGACCAACCAGCUGAGGAGGCAGAACCGGCCUGGCUGUGAGGCCCUGUACAAUGAGCUGGAGCCAGAGGAGCGUCUCCGGCUGUCCUCGGCACUAAACAUCCGGCCAGACAUGAAGACCCACCAUGACCGGCCACUGCUUGUUGAGCCCCAUGAUGUGCCUUUGCUGGGCGAUCACCAACACCACCAUCAUAAGCCCUGUGUGCUAGAUGAGGCUGAGACUGCAGACCCUUUGCCUCACCAGAAUCGCCGUCAUCACCGACACAGAGACAGGGACCGGAUCAGAACGAAAGAGGAGACAAAUGAUAAUGGUGACACUGGUGGGAAGCACCACGUCCAUCACAGUCGCUCCAAAGACAACGACGGUAGCCGGGGCAAAGAGGGAAAGACUGAGAGAUUCCACAGCCGAGAGGGGGGCAGAAAGCAUCAGAGCUCGGUGGAGGACAGCGGAGGCGGAGGAGUCACAAGUGAGAGAGAGCAUCGCCAUCAUCAUUCACAUCGGCAGGCCCAAGGGGGCAAUGGGACAGUGAGCAGUGGUGGGAGGGCAGAAAGAAGAGCCCGGCACAAAGAAGGGCGUUCUUCAAACAGGGAUAAGGAUAGGAAUUCCAGAGAAGAGACUGCUGCUAAUGGAGAGAAGAGGAGACAUCGGACUCAUGGUUCUAGGGGCCAAUCCACAGCUGAGGGAGAAGAUUGCAAUGACAAAGAGAAGACCCAUGGUCACAGGUUUGGGGACUCAGAGGGGGAGUCCCUAGCCCUCUCACCCCAGCCCCCCUCUGGAGGGGGCGACUGGCCUCCUGACCGACCAGAGGACUCUGACAACCAGCGGAAUGUGAGAAGAACGGACCAAACGUCCAGCCACAUUCCUCCUGUGAAGGUUACCUGUCCACCUGGAGAGACCACCCUCAUACAAAUGAACAGUAUUGACUCUGAGACAAUGCCCAUGAAUGAGAAGACCCUGGAGGAUCUGGGUAUAAGUGGACCCAGACCCAUCCUGCCUUACAGCUCCAUGUUCAUGUUUGGACGGACCAAUCCGGUGAGGCGGUUGUGUCACUACAUUGUGACCCUGCGUUAUUUUGAGAUGUCAAUCCUAGUGGUCAUUACUAUGAGCAGUAUCGCUUUGGCAGCAGAGGACCCUGUCUGGACAAAUGCCCCUCGCAACAACGUGCUUAAAUAUCUGGAUUACGUCUUCACUGGUGUUUUUACUUUUGAAAUGGUGAUCAAGAUGGUGGACCUUGGCCUACUGCUUCAUCCUGGAUCAUACUUCAGAGACCUGUGGAACAUUCUGGACUUCAUAGUGGUCAGUGGGGCGCUGGUGGCUUUUGCAUAUUCGAGCUUCAUGGGUAGAUCGCAACAAGGUGUGACCAGGGGGACCAAAGGGAAAGACAUCAGCACCAUCAAGUCACUGAGGGUUCUGCGAGUUCUCAGACCGCUAAAGACCAUCAAACGUCUGCCGAAAUUAAAGGCAGUGUUCGACUGUGUGGUCAACUCUCUGAAGAACGUGCUGAACAUCCUCAUCGUCUACAUGCUCUUCAUGUUCAUCUUUGCCGUUAUUGCAGUUCAACUCUUCAAAGGGAAAUUCUUCUACUGCACAGACGAGUCCAAGGGGCUAGAGAAGGACUGCAAAGGUCAGUUCUUGGAAUAUGAUAAUGACGAGGUAGCUGCCAUGCCCAGAGAGUGGAAAAAGUAUGAGUUCCACUAUGACAAUGUGCUGUGGGCCUUCCUGACCCUGUUCACUGUGUCUACUGGGGAGGGCUGGCCAACUGUACUAAAGCACUCUGUGGAUGCCACCUUUGAGGACAAGGGCCCCAGUCCAGGCUACAGGAUAGAAAUGUCCAUCUUUUAUGUGGUCUACUUUGUGGUCUUCCCUUUCUUCUUCGUCAAUAUCUUCGUCGCUCUGAUCAUCAUUACCUUUCAGGAGCAGGGAGACAAGGCCUUGUCUGAGUGCAGCUUGGAAAAAAAUGAGAGGGCAUGCAUUGACUUUGCCAUAAACGCCAAACCUCUGACGCGCUACAUGCCCAUGAACACGCAGUCCUUCCAGUACAGGAUGUGGAAGUUUGUGGUCUCACCGCCGUUUGAGUAUUCCAUUAUGAUCAUGAUUGCUCUCAACACUGUGGUACUCAUGAUGAAGUUCCAUGGCGCUCCAGACCCCUAUGAAGCCAUGCUGAAGAACCUCAACAUCGUCUUCACCACUCUCUUCUCUCUGGAGUGUAUCCUCAAGAUUAUCGCUUUCGGUCCACUGAACUACCUAAAGGACGCCUGGAACGUGUUUGACUUUGUCACAGUGUUGGGCAGCAUCACUGACAUCCUGGUGACCGAAAUCAAUACAACGGGCAGGCUGCUGAACCUGAGUUUCCUGCGGCUGUUCAGAGCCGCUCGGCUCAUCAAGUUGCUGAGGCAGGGUUACACCAUCCGCAUCCUGCUGUGGACCUUCGUUCAGUCCUUCAAGGCCCUGCCAUAUGUUUGCCUUCUGAUUGCUAUGCUGUUCUUCAUUUAUGCCAUCAUUGGGAUGCAGGUGUUUGGCAACAUUGACCUAAAUGAGGACACAGCAAUCAAUCACCACAACAACUUUCGCACAUUCCUUCAGGCUCUCAUGCUGCUGUUCAGGAGUGCGACUGGUGAGUCCUGGCAGGAAAUCAUGUUAUCGUGUUUGAGUCAACGAGCCUGUGAUGAGCAAUCAGGGAACCAUGGGAAGGAGUGUGGCAGUGAUUUUGCCUACUUCUACUUUGUCUCCUUCAUCUUCCUCUGCUCCUUCCUGAUGCUGAAUCUAUUUGUGGCUGUUAUCAUGGAUAACUUUGAGUACCUAACCAGAGAUUCCUCCAUCCUGGGACCUCAUCACCUUGAUGAGUUCAUCCGGGUUUGGGCCGAGUAUGACCCAGCUGCAUGUGGGCGAAUCAAGUACCGCGAUAUGUAUCAGAUGCUGCUCCACAUGUCCCCACCCUUAGGUUUGGGAAAGAAAUGUCCACCAAGAGUCGCCUACAAGCGUCUCGUCAAGAUGAACAUGCCCAUCGCCGAUGACAACAGCGUCCACUUUACCUCCACCCUGAUGGCCCUGAUUCGAACCGCCCUGGACAUCAAACUGGCCUCAGGUAUGGUAGGUCAGCGCUUGUCUGAUGCUGAGCUGAAGAAGGAGUUGUCCACUGUGUGGUCCAGCCUCUCACAAAAGACCAUGAACCUGCUGGUGACGCCACAUAAAGCCAACGAACUGACGGUAGGGAAGGUUUAUGCCGCCCUGAUGAUCUUCGACUACUACAAACAGAACCGAGCGAGGAGGCUGCAGCUGAAGCAGCAGCAACAGAACGCAUCAGGCUCCCAGUGCAAGGUCGGGGCUCUGUUUAAGCCAUUGCUGCCUCUGACUCACAUGCAGGAGAAAGACCUGCCUAUGAUGUUUAACAGUGUGGAGCCUCCAAGCAUUCUUCUGCCCCAGCAGAAAUCCGAUGGCAAUUCGCAGCCACAGACCAGACCUAGCUCCAACUCCCUCAACAACGGAGUCACGCAGCCUGGUCCCGAUCUCAACAUCAAGGCAUCAUCUUCCUGGGUGAUGGAGAAACCCAAGGAGGGGCCCCGAGCUAAGAGUAAAAGAAGCAUGUCCAGGGGCCCAUCAGAGGAUACACCAGACACUGCCAUCAUUCAGGAGUCAGUGGAGAUGAGGAAGAUGGAGACCAGUGUCAGCAGUACGAUCCCAGUCCCUGGCACAGGUCUGGAGAACCAGGGCAGAGCUGCUUCUAUGCCUCGGCUCAGUGCUGAGCUGCAGUGGGGCCCCUCAUGCCACACACCAGGGGUCCAUCUUGCCUCUGUCCCUGAUGCCAGCCCUAUGAAGCGCUCUGCCUCCACUGCGGCUCCACAACGACCCCAGGAGGUCAACCUGAGGGACUACACCCUGGAGAAACCCAACCAGGACCGACCUCACCACCAUCACCACCACCACCGCUGCCACCACCGCAGAGAUCGAGAUAAAGACAGGGAAAGAGGGAAAAGGCAGAGGUCUUUGGAUACACCUCUAGGUGGACAACCUCCAGGCUCCACUGAGGAGCCAGCAUCUGACCCAGCUGCCUCCAGAGAGCGGCCCCAUGACCGCGGACGCUCACACGAGAGGAAACACCGCCACUCCCCUGUGGACAAGCAGCGCUACUACUCCUGCGACCGCUUCUGCAGCCGGGAACACUGCCACAGCAAAUCUGCCACUGCUAGCUGUGCCGCCUCCCCCUGUGAGGGGCAGGAAUCCAGCAACAAGCAGGGCAGUGGUUGGGUUAAAGGCAGCCCAGUGGCAUUGAGUUCCAGUUCUAGCACGCCAAGCCGCGGACGUCGGCAACUCCCCCCGACCCCCCUUACCCCACGGCCAGGGGUGGCCUACAAGACUGCCAAUUCCUCCCCCGUGCACUUUGUGUCCAGCCAGGCCUCUGUGAGUCCCGGCCGGCUGAGCCUCGGCCUGUCGGAGCACAACACCCUCCGGCACAGCAGCACCCACCGCAUCCCCUGCCCCGUCACUCGUAUAUGCUCUGAGCCCUUCCUGGGCCGGAGCCAAGGUGAUGCCCUGGGCAGCCCUUAUGGCAGCCUCCGGGACCAACUGGACAUCUUCCAGGAUGUGGCAUCACUCUCGCCCAGCCCCCGUACCGGACGCUCAUCUUGGACCGCACUGCCUCGCAUGAUGGGAGCCCUGCCUCAGGCUCCACAGCAGAACCUUGGGGUGCCCAAUGGGUACCACUUCAGCUUUGGGGGCAACACCAGCCCAGGCUCUUGCGUCAGGGCACCCAGGUAUUACCAGGAGGCAGAGGAGGAUGAAUGGUGCUAGCAUGGCUUUAAACCAACCUUUUUUAAUGCAUUUUGAGGAACUGUGAUGAGUUUUAUCAUCGUCUUUAAAGGCUUUAGUUUACAUUGUCACUGUGUGUUUAAUGCUGUAUUUGAAUCCUAACUGAGUGAGCUAAGGUUGGGGAGAACAUCUAUAAAAUGAGAACACUUGAAAUGGGUUAUAUUUGAAUGUGAUCAAGAAAUCAUCAUCUUUGUUAAAGGGCACAUAGCAUCAACAAACUGAGCAGUAGUCAGAUACAUGUAUCUUUCAGUAGCUAUCCUUGAUUUGCUUUGACUACGGAGUUUUGUUGACACCAUCAUAUCGACCUUCAAACUGCAUUACAGUACAAACACAAUGUACAUGUACACAAUGGUAAUACCUCUUUGCUUUAAUGGUGUACAGUAGAUAGACCAGCCAACCUGCUAUGUGUCAUUCAUAAGUACUGUUUUUAACAAUUUAAGAAAACACAAUGCUAUGUAUUUUUGUUCCAAAGGUUCCAUUUAGUUUUUGGUAAAAAAUUAUUUUAUAAUAACCAAAAGCAGCAUUCAUGUUUUUUUCUGAUAUUUGGAGGCAGCACAACAAACGGUAAACAUAACAUUAUUGUACUAUCACUGAAUCUAGUUGACAAGGCUAACGCGUUAACUAACUACACCCAGCAGACACGGUGCAACAGUAGCAUUCAUUUGGACUUGUGUUUCUGAUCAGCAGAGAAUGAAAAUCCAGCAGCGAAGCGCCUUUCAGCUCCACUACGGUCUCAUCCAAUCAUGAGAAGAUAUCUUCUUCUGCUAAAUGCUAUCCACAUGAUAAGAGUCAGAACAGUAAAGGCUGUCAAAGCAAAACAAAAAGCUUUAAGAAUCGAAAACCUUCAUUAGGCUAGAACUACUUCGGCUUCAUUGUUAGAUUUGGACAAUUUUUAAGUUGUACAUGAUCUGAGCUGUUUACCAGGUGAAAUUACCUUUGCAAAGACAUUUGAAAACAAUACAUCAUGAACUGAUAACGCUGCUCACUCUAUUCAGAUUAACACAUAGACCAAAACGGCGUUGUUGAACUGGAGUUGCAACAGUGCUUCACUCAGACAGGGCAGCACUGAGACUGCUUAACAGACACGUCAUCAUUACACCCAACAGCACAACAUACUUUAUAACAGAGCACCUCGUUUUCAAAUUAAACUUUGCUAUUGAUUCUAACAGUCGCUGAGGUGCGUUUGAGAGUCACUAGGAAAGGUUCAACACAAAGUGAUGGCGCUGCCGACAUUGAAACGGGACAAAAAGCAGUCAGUCAGUUAAAUAUUUGGAAAUAAGUAACCUCAAUGACAUUAUGACACCGUACAAAUGGCUGUGAUGCUCUUUAGUGUAGGACCGUACCAUUGUAUGAUCAUGCUUAAUCCUUUCUGACAUUCCCUCUGGUCCGUGGAACAGAUGAAGUGCUGUCACACAGGCUGCAGCCAUUGUUUGUCUGUUUCCUGUUUCUUGCAAACUUGAAGAGAGAAGCAAAAGUAACCUACUGACAGAUUUAUUUUCUAUAAAAACUUUUCUUGUAGAUGUUAUUUUUUCUUUGAGACAUUUGUUUUUGUACGACAUGAAAACAAAACAUCAAAGGUGUGUUUUAUGUGAACUGCUUCCAGUUUGCCAUCGUUUCAGGUCUAAUGUUUCUUGCGAUGUUUUAUGACAAAGUGCCUAUCCUUUUAGAUAUACUGUAGAAAAAUAUGCAAUGUCAACUGUUUUCGAAUGCAUCCGCACUUGAGUAGAUGUUUGGUUAAUUCUGGAUGUAGCUCUGCCGGAAAACAUGCUGUAAAGAAAGCCUUAUCUGCGAGGAGAGAGAGAGCCUACAGUAUAUUGAAAAGACAGGAAUCGAAAAAUUACCUUAUGAACGUUGAUUCUUUUUCUUGUUUUUGAUAAACUAAGUGUAGGUGGGACAGCCAGAAAAACAUUGUGGAAAUGCUCUGAAAACUGCUUAAAGAUAUUUAUCCAGAUACAUUAAUGACAGUAACACGUUGUGCAUGUUUAGAUUGUAGACCUGUUCAAGCACCUGCUCUGACCAGCUCUUUUCUAUAUGUUUAAUGGAAAGGAUGUCACAGAGGGAGCCUGAUAAGCUCCUGUCUUUGGACUGUUCUGUGUGUAUGUUGGUGUCUGUGUGUGUGUGUGUGUGUGUGUGUGUGUGUGUGUGUG